AUGCCCAGGCAACCCAAGCUCCCGGCGGAGAUCCUCCAUAUGAUCUGCGCUGCAUCGGACUAUGCCACACUUCCACAGCUUUCCCUUGUAUCUCGAGCCCUGCAUACCAUCGUGGAGGAAUAUCUUUGGGCUGAGUUCAAAUGCGAGGGGACAUCUUCUCUCAUUCCGUUCAUACGAAGUAUCAGAGGCAGACCGGAGCUCUCACUAUUAGUCAAGCAUGUCAACAUUCGUCUUUCAGGCAACGCGCCCAGCUAUGAAAACCCGGCCAGAUGUCCUCCCAUAAAGGUCCCCGAAAGCGCAGUGCGCCUGCUGAUCACUGCAACCCCCGCAAUCGACUCUCAGUGGGCAAGCUUGAUUAGAGCUGGGGAUCCUGGUGCUUUCAUUGCCCUUGUCAUUUCACUACUUCCCAAUCUCAUCACAAUUCGCAUACACACACGGUCCAUGGACGAGCUUGACAUGCUAUGUCACCAUUUUCAUUUGACUUGCAGUUUUGAGCACCAGGCUGCUCAACUUGCGGCUCGCUCCCAGGAAAACUCCCCGCAAACUCUUUCACCACCAGUCUUAUCCCCGUGGCCCACCUGGGCUGCUGGGCCGGAUCCUUUCUCUGCAUAUCAGCAUCUUCGGGAAGUGCAUAUCAUAAGCAACGAUCGCAUUCCUGAAGUGCCUUUUAAGGGCAGUCCGACACACAAAGGGAAUUUUCUUGGAUUGUUUUAUCUACCAUCGUUGGAGCACAUCACUGCGCCGAUAGAUACUGGUCGUUGGGAAUUGGAUUGGGGACACCCAAACCCACCCAAGGCAGUGCACAUCAAGUCCCUCGAUCUGACCGUGGUUUCCGAAGAAUCUCUGCGUCCAAUUCUCGAUGCGACUCCCUCGUUAGAGAAACUUGUUUGGGAUUGGGGCCCUAAAUUCUAUGACAAUUUCGAUUCCGGGCAGAGGAAAAUUUUAUGGUUGAUCCAAGUGCGCGAGGGUCUUCUGAAGGUCAGCCACACCCUCAAACACCUCGAGAUCACCGCGUCAUCCCAACGCUGGGCUCCUAAAAAUGAGGAGCCUGAAAAGUUCGCAUGGAUCGCGCAUGAUGGUGACUAUUCUAUCUUCAAAGCAUUGAACAACCUCGAAACUCUCCAGGUGCCAUUUGUUUUUCUGCUGGGGUUUUUUGGCGAUCGGGGCCGGCGAUUAUCGCUUGACGGUCUUCUUCCAAGUGAGCUGGAGCACCUCACUAUCAAUGAUUGCCUGAUCAAUAUCUUUGAUCCUGCAUAUCGUGGUUGGCAUUACGAGGACUUCAUUGAGAUCCUCAGGUCCUAUCUUUCCAACUGGGCGUCAAUUACGCCAAGAAUACGCUCCUUGAGAUUGAGAUUCAACUUUCAAGAUACCUCAUGGGUGCCACAGUCAAUGCUUGAUCUUGCUACCGAUGCGGGAAUCGAUUUCCAGGUCGAGUACAGACGGGACAUUGUGAUGGAAAAGAAGACGAUUAGCUACAUGACAUCAAAGUAUGAGUAUCACGAGGGGCAAUCUCGCAAUUUUAACGUCUAA